AUGAAUUACAAAAAUAAAAUGGCUAAAGGGCAUCAGCAACCAUUAAUCCAAAUUACUAUGGAUUUAGGAUAAAAUAGAUCAGACUAAUUGAUUAUAUAUAGACACACAGAUCCCCAAUAAGAAGCAUCUGCCUUUGUUACAAGAAAUAAUCUAUAGCCAAAAAUGAUACAAAUAAUCUCCAAUGGCAUCUUAAAAUAAAUGAAGGCAUAUGACGAAAUGAAGAUAGUCACGUAUGACACACGAUAACAACCUAAUUAUUUGCGGAAUUUAAAGUAAAAUCAUCUAGAAUUAUAAUAAAAAUUAACAACUCCAAGUCCUAAUAGAUUGAAAACAAGUCAGCAAAACCUAAAGAUCUCCAAAUCACCCUCUAAUGUUUAAGUUCAUGAUGACCUACCAACUGAUAAAGUUGUCGUAAAAAAACUUUUUAAACUCUUAGACGGAGAUUAUGAUGGUCUGAUAUCUGCCAAUAGAAUCAAUUUAUAGAAUAUUCCUGUUGAACUAUAAAACAAGGUAAAGGUUUAGAUAGAUAAAUAUAAGGUGUUAAAUAAAAUUGAGAAUUCAUCAAUACCAUUAGAGUUUGAGGAUUUCUACUCAAAAUUGAAGCAAGAUCCUUAAGAUGAAUAUUUCUAAACCUUGAAACUAAUUAGUUCAAUAUUUAAUAUACCUAGAAUUAAAGUGUUAAUAUGA